AUGGAGUUUCUGCGCCCGCCAAGAGCAGGAGGAACAACGGCUUCUACAAGUAGAGUGAAACAGGAGAACAAAAGAGAAGAUCUUGAGCAAAAAGACGUUCUUGAGCACCACCAGAGCCAAGGUUUUCCAACUCCAAGGUUUAUUGAGAUCAUAGAUGCGGACAGUGGGGAGGAAGUGCGAGAAGCCAUUGACUACUGUGGAACUUUGUUGCCGAAUCGUGCUGCUCGAUUGAAGGAUGAUAUGCUAGAAGCCCGGAGAGCUUGGGCAGCUUGUUGCGAGCUGGCCUUUCAAAUACAGGUAAGGUUGGAAAAGAAAGUCCGACGGUGGGUCGCUAAUCGAGAGGGCUUUGCUCUGACUGAGAAAUCCGAUCCGAAUCUGAGCUUUUUCGAAAGCCUUUCAGUAUCGACCACGAUGGGGAUAGAAGAUAAUGAGCUUGUUUCUGGUCAUGAGGAUCUGGAGAAGAAGCUCAUGAUGCAGAGUUUUGAAGAUAAAAACAAAAAGGACGAUGGCUUUGUAUCAAGCAGGGAGUCCGAACAGCUCCCUACACUAGCUGACCUUGCGGAGCAACUCAAUGCUUUAAGUGGUGCUGACACCGACACAAAUCACUCACUGGCGGGUGUCCUUUCAGGUAUCGGUCCAAGAGAACGAGAGUGCGCAAUGCGUCUUCAGAAAGGUUUGGUGCCUCUACGAAUUGCCGGUCGAGCCACGACUUCUACAACUACAAGAACUGCUACAGGUGGUCCAGGAGGGUUAUUUCUUGAGAAUGAAAGGAUGCGAGUGCGUAUUGCUGAGCCCGCAAGUGACCAUCUCGAGCGCCUUUUGAUGGGUGAGACAGGCCUUGGUGGAAGCCGCUUUGCCCAGACCGUUACAGAAGAAGAGCGCGAAAGUUACAUUCAAGGACCCAAGGACUCAGAAGUCUUGCAAAAAUCCACCAAAUUUUUAGUCGCGAAUCAAUACCCUGAAGCAAAAAAAGACCAGAAAAGAACAAAGGUUAAUGAAGACACUGGAGCUCCAAAUCCAACGGCUGCGGUUACUGGCGCAGUCGCCUCUGCUCUGGCCAAGAAGACUAAAAAGCCUCCGAAAAUUCCAGGCGGCAAAAAUAAUGCUGCGAAUAACAAAGGGACCCCGACUGGUUCUGCUUCUGCGGCUCCAUCUGUUGUAGUACCCGAACCCGUACAACCUUUACCGCCAACUACUUCUAGUCCUCCUCCUCCUCCUCCUCCUCCUCCUCCGAUGGGAAACAGCGAUCAUCAUGGAGAUGCAGAAGAGGAUUCGGGGAGCAGUGGUCCGAAAAAUAGUUUGGCGGAUUCUAUUGUUAUCGAUCAUACGGAAGUAGUAGAAUUGAUCGGUCUUGUGCGUAGCAAAGUCUAUGGACCAAAUCCAACUUCGGUUUUUCUCGACGAAGCCACCGGACUAGAGUUGGCUACCUUGCUGGAGCUUGUACCAAAACAAGUGCGCCUACUUGUGCGGAUGAGGCUGCCGAAUGUAGCGCUACAACAGCCACUUCGUGAAGAAGGAGGGGAUCAACAAUAUUAUCGUGAAAUGAGAGCAGAGAGUGAGAGAGACCAACAUCAAGGGGAUUUUUUGACAGCCGAGAGAAAAACUUUGCGUCUAUGUCGGACGUGGGAGGAGGCUGUGCGAAAGAGCAUCCGACAGAGCACGCGCAUGUGGCUCAACCGAGAGGACGUAAGCGGCGAACUCGACAAGGCGAUGGAAAGCGUGCGAAUGGCAUAUACUAUAUCCGAAGCGAUGAUGAGUUCGGAUAAUAUGCUUGGCGCCGCAGGAAGAUGCGAAGGAGCGCGCCCGUCGUACGGAGGAAUUGGUGUUGAAAUGAACCCCCUCUUUUGGACUGAAGCAGAACUUUGGUUCGUUUGUUUAAGCAUUUUGUUGCGUAGUUGCUUGCCUACGACUAGUAGUGCUGCGCGUCUUGAACAGAUUGAUAGUGGAUAUCCGGCACCGUUCUUGCUUGGACUUUGCGGUGGGCGCAGGCCUAAGAGACUUGACGGACAAACUGCUGUCUUGGAGGGAGCCUGAUUCUGAUAACAGCACUGAAAUUGGACUGCAGGACCAGAGUCCACUGUUCUCAGGAGCACACGAAGCGCAUUUUGCUUGCGCGUUGCAAGAGGAAAAUCUCGGAUGCGAGCAUGGAGGGAGGCGGUUGAUGCAGAGCGUGCUUAUUCGACACUGUGACUCGCAGAAUAGGACUCCAUUGACUAUGACGACUACAUGAAAGGGUGGAAUAAGACGUCGAAGAAAAAUCAAACAUUGAUUUAGGCUAACUUAUUGUUUUCGUGUAAUUACUCUAGGCUUAUGUGGUAUCAUACAGCUGCGAGCUGUAACACAGCAUAGCACAACGUGAUCACUCUAGCAAGUAGGAUUCAGUCACCUCUCGUAGCCGUAUUUCCCGGCUCUUCUCUCACGCUUACCAGUCAAUAUCUUCGGAAUGUUCAAGGUAGAGAUACAUCCUUCAGCGUUCGAUUGAUGAUCUGUUGUAGUUGUAAAAAGUGACAGUUGUCGGAAAAAUAAAGUUAUCAAGAAAUCUGCAGAAAACACCACACCGCGACUACUUUAUCUUGCACAGGAAAUUCAUAAUAGGGGCAUCAACUACAAUGUGCCUGUAGAUACUUUUACCAACAACAAGUAGGAGUGGUGUUGGACUUGCACUUGAACUUGUACAGGAACAAGAACGGCAUUACCACCUACAGGACACAAGAUGUAAAGCGUCUCCUACAGGAAAAACUUUCUAGUAUGCAGAGUGCUGUGAAGAAUUAGACUAAGUCUUUUUACGUUGUCGUGACGACGACCUGCCUCCUUCGACUGCGUGAAAGAGGACGUUUAUGAUUG